CAUCCAUUCAUGCUCCUAAUCUAUAUAAAAGGGGCUAGCUAUCUCAUUGAAGAAAGCAAAUGCAUGGCUAUCAGAUGCUUCUCCGAUAGGAUGAAGAUGUGAAUAUCAUCGGCCGGGCAAUCACUUGAGUUAUAAUGGAGAAUAAAGAUACUACUUCUACAAUCCACAUAGAUGAAUGGGCAAGAGAAUUGGAAAAUAAGGCAAGCUAUGAAACACAAAGGCAAGUUAGGUAUCAAAAUUCAACAAUCUUUAAAGUCUCAGAAAAUUUGCGAAGUGUUCAGUCUGAAGCCUAUGAACCAAUGAUCGUUUCGCUCGGACCUUACCACUAUCAUAAGCCUCACCUUCAAGUCACUAAUCAGUCCAAGUGGCUCUUGCUCCACAAAUUGCGGGAAAAGGACCCUGAAAAAAGUCUAAGGAACUAUCUUAAACUUGUCAAGGAAGAAGAAAUCAAUGUGCGAAAUACUUACUCAGAGCCGCCAACCGACAUGUGUGAAAAAACAUUCAUCGAGAUGAUGUUGUCGGACUGUGUGUUUGUCAUUAUGAUCGUGUGGUUUUGGAAGAAGAACAAAGAAGGAAUGAAAGAAAUAGAAAACUCGAUCUUUAAGAACAGGCAACGAUCAUGGAGAAUAGUGGCGCGAGACAUGUUGCUAUUAGAGAAUCAACUGCCCUUUUUUUUGCUCGAGGCUUUGUUCAACUCCGCAUUUCCUGAUAAACACGGUAGGCUAAAGAAAUGGGUGGCCCAAUUCUUCAGUGGCUUUGUGGGUGAUAAGAUGCUAGAAGUACCCAAGGACACUAAGACAAUUCAUCACAUUCUCCAUCUUUUUUAUUUAUGUAUUGUGCCAUCAAACAGAAGUAGCAAUGUUGUUUAUGUUCGACCAACGAUACGUCAUGGCCCGAGGAUGGAACGGGUACAAACUGCGACUCAAUUGGAAGCAACUGGAAUAAAGCUCGAGAAGAAGCGAAAUGCAAUGUCUUUCUUAGAUAUCACAUUCGAGAAUGGGAAAGGGGUUUUAGAGAUCCCCCGGAUCAGGAUUGAUGGCGAUACCAACAUCCUCUUAAGGAACCUCAUUGCAUUGGAGCAGUGCCAAAAGAGCACUAAGUGCUAUGAAAUUUCGACCUAUGCCUGGGUCUUAUCUUGCAUCAUUGACACUGAUAAUGACGUUGAACUACUGCACAAGAAAGAGAUCAUCAUCGACAGGCUUAGCAAUACAAACGAAGCUGUCAAUCUCUUCAGCGAGCUCUGCAAGGAGGUGGUGGUCGACCACAGAAACUACUACAUUUCAAAGGUCUUCAAGGAGGUAGAAAAAUAUCUACAAAUGGAAAAUUCACAAAUGUAGACCAGCCCAAUGGGACACGUACGUGGACCCCAGGUUGGAGCUUGUGCUAAAUCAAUCACAGGUGCACGUACCACAGGAAUGACCCAACACCAGGCCAUAAAUGCAAACUUACAGUUUCAAAGUAAAUGACAAUAUUUAUGUAUUGUGUCACUUAAUUUGCUUGUAAAGCUAAAUAGUUCUUAUUGUGCUAUAAUUUGUAACAGAUAAAGUGUGACUGAUGUGCCUGAUAUGCCAAAUAUAAUAUGCCAUUUGGCAGAUUACUGGUUGAAACCAAGCUAUAACUGCCAUUGGGCCAUUCAUCUAUCUAUAGCAUGGACGCUGAGGGGUGAUUGAAUGAAACACAUAACAUAUGUGAUUGAAUGAAAGCACCCAGUGCACAAGGUGGAGAUCGCAGGGAGUGUUUGUCACUAGUCGAAGAGGAAGAGGAAGAGAGGCAGUGUAGAGAGACUUUUGACGUACACAAUCCGUGCAGAAGACAACUUAUCAUCUGAAACACACAAGAAAGGCAAAAGUUUUGCUUUUGCUAGUGUGUGUGGUUCAUAGGCUACCACACAAAACUUUGCUUUGUUCGUCAACUACCUGAGUAUAUGACCCACUUGAAAGGAUAUGCCUAUGUUACACAAAACUCCAAUCGUACAUUGACAUAAGAACAUCCUGUAAUAGGUUACAUGGAACUCCAACCGCACACUCACU